CAAAACGCGCGCAUGUGCACUGUUCUCGUCACUCUUCGGUUGGCUGGCACCGGUAUAGCGGUGUUACUUGUUUUGUUUUCGGUAUUAUACUCUUAUAAAAGGGCGGAUAUGGAUUUGGAAAGCGGCACGUAUGAGCCCGGGUUCGUGGGGAUCAGGUUCUGUCAGGAAUGUAACAACAUGCUGUAUCCAAAAGAGGACAAAGAGAACCGCAUCCUCCUCUACGCUUGCAGGAAUUGUGAUUAUCAGCAGGAAGCCGAUAACAGUUGCAUCUAUGUGAACAAAAUCACACAUGAAGUCGAUGAGCUCACACAGAUAAUCGCUGAUGUAUCUCAAGAUCCAACACUGCCUCGUACUGAAGAUCAUCCAUGCCCGAAAUGUGGCCACAAGGAGGCAGUAUUCUUCCAGUCACACAGCAUGAAGGCUGAGGAUGCUAUGAGGCUGUACUAUGUGUGUACUGCUCCACACUGUGGACACCGGUGGACAGAGUGAGGGAGAGGUGGAGAGACAAACUCACUCACUUUAUCACUGGGGCUAAUGAGAGACACCCAAUGAGAGAGUCUAUUAACUGGGCUAAAUCUGUGUGUGUUUGUGUGUUCAGAGGACUGAGUCGUGUGUCUGUAAAAUUGGAUGCUUAUAGUGAAUUUCUUAUUAAAUAUUUUUUAGAAA